UGUGACUCAGGAAACAGCUCAGACAUUAGGCUUGCAGCAGGCUGAAGAGGACAAGGAAAGGGCAGUGUGAGCCAAGGAGGUGGCCCUGCCACAGUGAGGGCUCUGAAAGUCCCUGCCUGAAAAGGGAGAGGAGAUCUGGGCUUGGGGAUGCUCUGGAAUGCAGCCCCCUUCCCUGCUGCUGCUUCUGCUGCUGCCGCCACCACCGUGUUUCCUAGUUGUCAUGGCCAGAGGGUUGCUGUGCGGAAGUUUUCCAGAACCCUGUGCCAAUGGAGGCACCUGCCUGACCCUGCCUCAGGGGCAAGAGACCUGCCUGUGUGCCCCUGGCUUCCUGGGCAAGACAUGCAAGUUUCCUGACCCUUGCCAAGAUGCUCAGCUCUGCCAGAAUGGGGGCAGCUGCCAAACCCUGCUUCCCACCUCACCAGGCUCCUCUAGCUCCCCCUCUCCACUGCCCCCCAGCUUCUUCUGCAACUGCCCCACUGGCUUCACUGGUAAAAGGUGCCAGGUCCGCCUCCAAGACCCCUGUCUUCCCUCCUUCUGUUCCAAAAGGGGCCGCUGCCACAUCCAGGCUUCAGGCCGCCCACAGUGCACCUGCAUGCCUGGAUGGACAGGCGAGCAGUGCCAGCUUCGGGACUUCUGCUCAGCCAACCCCUGCAUCAAUGGAGGCGUAUGUCUGGCAACAUACCCCCAGAUCCAGUGCCGCUGCCCACCUGGCUUUGAGGGUCAUGCCUGCCAACAUGAUGUCAAUGAGUGCUUCCAGGACCCUGGACUCUGCCCUAAAGGCACCUCCUGCCUUAAUACCCUGGGCUCCUACCAAUGUCUCUGCCCUGCAGGGCGGGAAGGUCCACACUGUGAGCUCCGAACAGGACCCUGCCCCCUAGCAGGCUGUUCAAAUGGGGGCACCUGCCAACUGGUGCCAGGGGGAGACACCACCUUUCACUUCUGCCUCUGCCCCCCAGGCUUCACAGGCCUAGACUGCGAGGUGAAUCUAGAUGACUGUAUUGAGCACCACUGUCAGAAUGGGGGCAUUUGCCAGGAUGGACUGGGCACCUACACCUGCCUCUGCCCAGAGACUUGGACAGGUUGGGAUUGCUCUGAAGAUGUGGAUGAAUGUGAGGUUCACGGUUCCCCUCACUGCAAAAAUGGGGGUACCUGCCAGAACUUGCCUGGCAGCUUUCACUGUGUAUGUGUGAGUGGCUGGGGAGGCACAGGCUGUGAAGAGAACCUGGAUGACUGUGUUGCUGCUACCUGUGCUCCUGGAUCCACCUGCAUUGACCACGUGGGCUUCUUUUCCUGCCUCUGCCCACCUGGGCGCACAGGCCUCCUAUGCCACCUGGAAGAUAUGUGUCUGAGCCAGCCAUGCCAUGGGGAAGCCCAGUGCAGCACCAACCCCCUGACGGGCUCCACACUCUGCCUGUGCCAACCUGGCUACUCAGGGCCCACCUGCCACCAAGACCUGGAUGAGUGUCAGAUGGCCCAGCAAGGUCCCAGUCCCUGUGAACAUGGUGGUUCCUGCCUCAACACCCCUGGCUCCUUCAACUGCCUCUGUCCACCUGGCUACACGGGCUCCCGCUGUGAGGCUGAUCAUAAUGAGUGCCUGUCCCAGCCUUGCCACCCAGGCAGCACCUGCCUGGACCUCCUUGCCACCUUCCACUGCCUCUGCCCACCAGGUUUAGAAGGGCUACUCUGUGAGGUGGAGACCAAUGAGUGUGCCUCAGCUCCUUGCCUGAACCAAGCUGACUGUCACGACCUGCGCAACGGCUUCCUGUGUGUCUGCCAGCCUGGAUUCACUGGCACCCAGUGUGAGGAAGACAUCGAUGAAUGCAGAAGCUCUCCCUGUGCCAAUGGUGGGCAGUGCCAGGACCAGCCUGGAGCCUUCCAUUGCAAGUGUCUCCCAGGCUUUGAAGGGCCACAGUGUGAGACAGAGGUGGAUGAGUGUCUGAGUAGCCCAUGCCCCAGUGGAGCCAGCUGCCUUGAUCUCCCAGGAGCCUUCUUUUGCCUAUGCCCCUCUGGCUUCACAGGCCAGCUCUGUGAGGUUCCCCUGUGUGCCCCUAACCUGUGCCAGCCUGAGCAGAAAUGCCAGGAUCAGGAAAACAAGAUCCACUGCCUCUGCCCCAGUGGAAGCCUUGGCUGUGCCCCUGCUGAGGACAACUGCACCUGCCACCAUGGGCAUUGCCAGAGAUCUUCAUGUGUGUGUGAUGUGGGCUGGACAGGGCCAGAGUGUGAGGCAGAGCUGGGGGCCUGCAUCUCCAUACCCUGUGCCCAUGGGGGGACCUGCUAUCCCCAGCCCUCUGGCUACAACUGCACCUGCCCCACAGGCUACACAGGGCCCACCUGUAGUGAGGAGGUGACAGCUUGUCACUCAGAGCCCUGUCUCAAUGGUGGCUCCUGUAGUCCCAGCCCUGGAGGUUACUCCUGCAUCUGCCUUCCAAGCCAUACAGGGUCCCACUGCCAAACCAUCAUUGACCACUGCGUGUCUGCCCCGUGCCUCAAUGGGGGUACCUGUGUGAACAGGACUGGCACCUUCUCCUGCCUCUGUUCCGUGGGCUUCCAGGGUCCACAUUGUGAGGGAAGGAUCCACUCCAGCUGUGCAGACAGCCCCUGUAGGAACAGGGCAACCUGCCAAGAUGGCCCUCAGGGCCCUCGCUGCCUCUGCCCUCCUGGAUACACAGGAGAAAGCUGCCAGACUCUGAUGGACUUAUGUGCCCAGAAGCCCUGUCCACACAAUGCCCACUGCCUCCAGAGUGGGCCCUCCUUCCAGUGCCUGUGCCUCCAGGGAUGGACCGGGCCUCUCUGUAACAUUCCACAGUCCUCCUGCCAGAAGGCUGCGCUGAGCCAAGGCAUAGAAGUCUCUGCCCUGUGCCAGAAUGGAGGCCUUUGCAUUGAUAGAGGCCCCUCCUAUUUCUGCCACUGCCCCCCUGGAUUCCAAGGCAGUUUAUGCCAGGAUAACAUAAACCCCUGUGAAUCCCGGCCUUGUCAGAAUGGGGCCACUUGUGUGGCCCAGCCCAAUGGCUAUCUCUGCCAGUGUGCCCCAGGCUACAAUGGACAGAACUGCUCAAAGGAAAUUGAUGCUUGUCAGUCCCAACCCUGUCACAACCAUGGAACCUGCACCCCCAUACUUGGAGGCUUCAACUGUGCCUGCCCUCCAGGUUUUGUGGGUCUGCGCUGUGAGGGGGAUGUGGAUGAGUGUCUAGACAAGCCUUGUCACCCAACAGGCACCGCAGCCUGCCAUUCUCUAGCCAAUGCCUUCUACUGCCAGUGUCUACCUGGACAUACAGGCCAGUGGUGUGAGGUGGAGAUAGACCCCUGCCAGAGCCAGCCCUGCUCCCAUGGAGGAUCCUGUGAGGUCACCGCAGGACCACCCCGGGGUUUCACCUGCCACUGUCCCCAGGGUUUUGAAGGCCCCACCUGCGGCCACAGAGUUCCUUCCUGCGGCAUCUAUCACUGUCACCAUGGAGGCCUGUGUCUGCCCUCCCCUAAGCCAGGAUUCCCACCCCGCUGUGCCUGCCUCAAUGGCUUUGAGGGUCCUGACUGCCUGACUCCACCAGCUCCUCAGGGCUGUGGGCCCCCGUCCCCAUGCCUACACAAUGGCAGCUGCUCAGAGACCCCUGGGUUGGGGGGCCCAGGCUUUCGAUGCUCCUGCCCUCCUGACUCUCCGGGGCCCAGAUGUCAGAGGCCUGGAGCAAAAGGGUGUGAAGGCAGAAGUGGAGAUGGGGCCUGUGACACUGGCUGCAGUGGCCCAGGAGGAAACUGGGAUGGUGGGGACUGCUCCCUGGGGGUCCCAGACCCCUGGAAAGGCUGCCCCUCCCAUUCCCGGUGCUGGCUUCUCUUCCGGGAUGGACAGUGCCACCCACAGUGUGACUCGGAAGAAUGUCUGUUUGAUGGCUACGACUGCGAGCCCCCUCCAUCCUGCACUCCAGCCUAUGACCAGUACUGCCGGGACCACUUCCACAAUGGGCACUGUGAGAAAGGCUGCAACACCGCAGAAUGUGGCUGGGAUGGGGGCGACUGCAGACCUGAAGAUGGGGACUUGGAGUGGGGGCCCUCCCUGGCCCUGCUGGUGGUGCUGAGCCCAACUGCCCUGGACCAGCAGCUGCUUGCUCUGGCCCGCGUGCUGUCCUUGACUCUGAGGGUGGGGCUCUGGGUGAGGAAGGAUAGUAAUGGCAGAGACAUGGUGUUCCCCUAUCCUGGGUCCCGGGCAGAAGAAGAGCUAAGAGGAACCCAUGACCCCUCACAUGCAGAGGAAGCAGACCCUGAUAUGCAGCUCCUAGGCAAGGAGAAGGACUCCCUCAGUGCUGGGUUUGUGGUGGUGAUGGGUGUAGAUUUGUCCCACUGUGGCCCUGACCACCCAGCAUCCCGUUGUCCCUGGGACUCAGGACUCCUGCUUCGCUUCCUUGCAGCAAUGGCUGCAGUGGGAGCCCUAGAGCCCCUGCUGCCUGCACCCCUGCUGGCUGCCCACCCUCACACAGGCUCUGCACCCACCAAACAGCUUCCCUGGACCAUGCUGUGCUCGCCAGUUGCUGGAGUGCUUCUCCUGGCCCUGGGGGCUCUUCUUGUCCUUCAGCUCAUCCGACGUCGACGCCGAGAGCAUGGGGCCCUCUGGCUGCCUCCUGGCUUCACUCGAAGGCCUAGAACUCAGCAGACUCCCCGAAGACGCAGGCCCCCACUGGGCGAGGACAGCAUUGGCCUCAAGGAACUGAAGCCAGAGGCAGAAGUGGAAGAGGAUGGAGUGGUGAUGUGCUCAGGCCCUGAGGAGGAAGAAGAGGCUGAAGAAAUGGCCCCACCUUCCAAGUGCCAACUGUGGCCACUGAGUGGUGGCUGUGGGGAGCUCCCUCAGGUGGCCAUGCUGACUCCUCCUCAGGAAUCAGAGAUAGAAGUCUCUGAUGUGAAUGCCUGUGGACCAGAUGGGGUUACACCCCUGAUGUCUGCAGUCUGCUGUGGGAGAGUGGAGUCCAGGACCUUUCAGGGAGCAUGGUUGGGAAGUCCUGAGCCCUGGGAACUUCUGCUGGAUGGAGGGGCCUGUCCCCAGGCUCACACAGUGGGCACUGGGGAGACCCCUCUGCACCUAGCUGCCCGUUUCUCCAGACCAACUGCUGCCUGCCGCCUCCUUGAGGCUGGAGCCAACCCCAACCAGCCAGACCGGGCAGGGCGUACUCCACUUCAUGCUGCUGUAGCUGCUGACGCACGGGAGGUCUGCCAGCUCCUACUCGGCAGCAGACAGACUGCAGUGGACGCACGUACAGAGGACGGGACCACACCCUUGAUGCUGGCGGCCAGGCUGGCGGUGGAAGACCUAGUUGAAGAACUGAUUGCAGCCCAAGCAGAUGUCGGGGCCAGAGAUAAAUGGGGAAAAACUGCACUGCACUGGGCUGCUGCUGUAAACAACGCCCGAGCCGCCCGCUCCCUUCUACAAGCUGGAGCCGAUAAAGAUGCCCAGGACAGCAGGGAGCAGACGCCGCUGUUCCUGGCUGCCCGGGAAGGAGCGAUGGAGGUAGCCCAGCUUCUGCUGGGGCUGGGGGCGGCCCGAGGACUGCGGGACCAGGCUGGGCUAGCGCCCAGCGACAUCGCGCGCCAGCGUAACCACUGGGAUCUGCUGACGCUACUGGAAGGGGCGGGACCACCAGAGGCACGUCACAAAGCGACGCCGAGCCGCGAGACUGGGGCCUUCCCGCGCGCGCGGACCGCGUCAGGAAGCGUGCCUGCGCAUGCGGGCGGCGCCGUUCCGCGCUGCCGGACGCUGUCAGCCGGAGCGGGCCAGCGUGGAGGCGGAGCUUGCCAGCAAUCUCGGACUUUGUCCGUAGACUUGGCCCCGCGCGGGGCCAGGGCCUAUCCUCAUUGCCGGAGCCUGUCUGGAGGAGGAGCAGGAGGCCCGCCGUCCCGCAGCCGUAGAUUUUCUGCAGGCAUGCGUGGGUCUCGGCCCAACCCUGCAAUAGUUCGGGGAAAAUCAGGAGUUGUGGCCGCACGCGGGGGCAGGACAGUAGCGGAUGAUUGGCCCUGUGAUUGGGUAACCCUGGAGACCUGCGGCCCCUCCCCCAACAUUCCGAUCCCGCCUCCUUGCCUUACUCCUUCCCCGGAGCGGGGAUCCCCUCAAGUUGUCUGGGGUCUCCCAGUUCAGCAAGUCAUUCCCUUAAACUCCGAAGGAGAGGGUCAGAAAUAGAAGGAUAGUAAGGAGAGGGGAAUCCUAAAAAUGAUUAAAUGACUGGGUGUCUGGAAGGCUUGCCUGACUUUAAAAUUAAGGCCCAAAAGUAGAGGGGGUAGUUUCCCUCCCAAAAUGAGUGAAUGCCCACCUCAACAGGCAUGGUAUUCCACGUAGAGAAGCUGAAGCACUAAAGAUUUAGGAUGCUGGAAUGAGGCAGGCCCAGGUCAUCCUCUAGAAAAUAAACAUGAGAGGCUACAAAAGGACAAAGUUCAUGGAGAGAACUACCCCUAAACCAGAACUAGGAACUGCCGGCAGAUGUUCCGAGUUCCCCCACCCCCACGCUGUGGUCAACAGAUAGCUAAUACUUAUAGAGCACCUACUGUGUGCCAGGCACUGUGUAGAUGCUGAAAGGUAGCUAGUCCAGCUGAUGACUCCUUGCUCUCCCUGACCCCAUCAAAGAAACUCCAUGCAGGGAUGAAGCGCCUCCCUUCUAGUCACUGCCAUCUCUAGUGAACCCCAAAUCUCACUAGUAAUAAAGCUGAUUUAAAGCAUUAAA